AAAUGAAUGAGUUUUAGGCAUCACAUUUUCGAGUGGCUAAAUGGCUUAACAUUUGUCACUCAAGAGUGCAGCACCCUAACCAGUCAACAUUGUUGUGUAGUGUUAGAAUUCGCAUGUCACAUUGAUCCUGAUGAUAAUAAUAAGAAUACAUACUAUAGUGGGUUGGACAGCAGCCAUUUGUAUUAUGAGCCACUCUCGAAUUGAUUGAUACAUGUUUCAUUGAUUUGAGUUCUCACUUUGGCGCUCCCGCCAACGCGAAAAAGUAACAAAAGUCGGAGGGAAACAGAGUAGCCUAGCCCUUGUCACUCUGCUGCCUGCCUGCCUGCCUGCCUGCCUGCCGGGUGGGGGCGGGCUUAGGGCUGACUGUCUGUCCCUCUCUCACUCCAAUUGGAUAAGGCCACACCGGUCCGGUGGCCAAUCGAUGCCUCUUGUGGCGAGGUAUAAGUAAGGCUCUCGAGGUGGCCAGCGGCUCAUUCAGACAUUCUGUGACAUACUGAAGCUACCAAUAUGAGCGGAAGAGGCAAAACCGGAGGCAAGGCCAGGGCGAAGGCAAAGACACGUUCAUCCCGUGCCGGGCUCCAGUUCCCCGUGGGCCGUGUGCACAGGCUGCUGCGCAAAGGCAACUACGCCGAGCGUGUGGGCGCUGGCGCACCAGUCUACCUGGCCGCAGUGCUCGAGUACCUGACCGCUGAGAUCCUGGAGUUGGCCGGAAACGCUGCCCGUGACAACAAGAAGACUCGUAUCAUCCCCCGUCACCUGCAGCUGGCAGUCCGUAACGACGAGGAGCUGAACAAACUGCUUGGCGGCGUGACCAUCGCUCAGGGUGGUGUUCUGCCCAACAUCCAGGCAGUGCUGCUCCCCAAGAAGACUGAGAAAGCCGUCAAAGCCAAGGUAGGAAUGUCUACCAAUAUGAGCGGAAGAGGCAAAACCGGAGGCAAGGCCAGGGCGAAGGCAAAGACACGUUCAUCCCGUGCCGGGCUCCAGUUCCCCGUGGGCCGUGUGCACAGGCUGCUGCGCAAAGGCAACUACGCCGAGCGUGUGGGCGCUGGCGCACCAGUCUACCUGGCCGCAGUGCUCGAGUACCUGACCGCUGAGAUCCUGGAGUUGGCCGGAAACGCUGCCCGUGACAACAAGAAGACUCGUAUCAUCCCCCGUCACCUGCAGCUGGCAGUCCGUAACGACGAGGAGCUGAACAAACUGCUUGGCGGCGUGACCAUCGCUCAGGGUGGUGUUCUGCCCAACAUCCAGGCAGUGCUGCUCCCCAAGAAGACUGAGAAAGCCGUCAAAGCCAAGUAAAAUCGCUGGUGCGGCUGCAACUUGACUACUCAACCCCCAAAGGCUCUUUUAAGAGCCAACCACCUAGCUCAGCAAAAGCGCAAAGUGUCCUUUCUGUGCCUGGCCAACUAUUGGGCGUGUUUGUUAGAUACACACACAUAUACACGGCACCGUAUCAUGAGACCUAAAUGAAGAAUAACAACUACUAGGCUAGAAUGAGAGGGCAAAAUAUUGCGCGUAAAGUGUAACGUUGCUCGCUGCCCUAACAAAAGACCCAAGCGCGCCUCGGCGAGGGAGGGGGUUGCAUUUUGGGGCGGCACGGAGAGGCCGAGCCUCCCGUCCAAUGGGCGGCGGAGGAGGCCUCCGCAACGGGCCAAUCGGGACGGUGCGGAGAUGGUGACCAAUCAGCAGACGCCGCUGCCGGCUUUAUAAACUUCACAUAGGCAUUUGGAGGCUAUACUCCGACUGUGAAAGAAGGAAGCUAGCUAGCGCCAUGGC